AUGCAGCAGGAAGCGGAACAAGCCAUGGUAGCGGCCGGGUUUGAGAAAGCGGUCGCGGUCAAAGUGGCCCAGAAGAUGGCUGCGAAGGGAGAGAAUCCGGAAGGGGAACUGGAUGAAGAAACCCGAAUGUGUGCGAUCAACGCGGGAAUACUGACGACGGAGCAAGUGGGCGAUAGUCCCAUAUCAAAUGCAAAUAUGUCGGGGUCUGGGAAACUGCGAGAUUUGUCAUUCUAGUCUGGCAUAACUCUGAACUUUGUAUUGCGUGGCCGCAAAGACAAAGAGCCCCACUUGCCUGUCAUGCAAAAACGCAGUUUCUCAUGCGGAGUACGCAACUCAGAACCACGGAAAAACUUGUCAUGCUUUGCAGCGCAUUACAGUUUGCUCACUGUUCCCUUCCUCGCAUCACAAAUUUCCAGACCCAGACAUAUUUGCAAUCCAUAUCCCAUGACGAUGCGAGAUUUAACCUCGAAGUUGAUGGAGGUACAGAGUCAGUGUUUUAUCCAAUCCCUAUCCCCAACCAGCUUUGUGAACUACGCGAAUGAGCGGGAUAAUCUCUAUUACAGUAAAAAAUACCCCCACCCCCGAACUUAGGAGCAUUUGUAUUGCAAACCUUUCCAAAUGAAACAUUCGCCCUCUUGCAUCUAUCAGCAUCACAGGUUUCCAAUUGUGAAUAGCAAAAAUUUGUAUUGCAAAAGACCCCAGCAAGAGCGCCGCUUGUCAUGCAAGCGAUGCGAUACACGCGUAGACUCUGCAUCAGAAAGAUUCAUACUCCUUUCAUGCAUGACAAAAAGUUUUCAUUUGGAAACUUCGCAUCACAAACUCUUGCAAUUUCAGGGGUGGGGGCACUUUUCACUGUGAUAAUCUCGGUGGGUUGUCCAUGCUUCAAUCCGCGGCCAUGACGUCUUUGAAGUCGGGCAUCAUGUCCGGCGCGGUGCCUAUGGGAGUGUCAGGAUCGAAAUCGUCAGAGUUGAAAUAAUUUGUGAUGCAUAACACGGAUACCAGUUGGCGCCUAUUUUUCAAGUGGCGCAUGACAAAUUUCGGUAGAACUGAAAUCCAGUUUGUAAUGCUGUUUGGGUAAGGAGGACGCCUUUUGUCAUGCUACUUGAGCAGCUCAAUUUCUACCCCGCAACAGGCUUACAAUCUGCAUCCCUUGCGUCCUCUGCAAAAGAGGCAACUUUUGCGUUGCAUUUUAUGCAUCACAAACUAUUUCAACUGUGACGAUUUCGAUCCUGACGCUUCCAUAGUGCCGAUAUCAGAUCUGACGUCGACGGGGUUUACGAAUUUUGACCCUGCGAUGAUGGAGGAACUGGGCCUGGACAAAAAGGAGGCCGCGAAGAAAAGGAUAAAAGACGCGGCGAUGAAACAGGUGUGAGUUCUUUUUCUAGGUAUUCACAAAGUUACAAGAAUUAUGAUCCAAAUUUUUGCCUCAAUACACGUGCACUGCUCAAACCAGAAUCUAAAUCUCCCCUCACAUUUUUGCAUAAGUAUUGCAUAAAGCAUUUUAUCUUCCUGUAAACUCGCAUCACGAUAUCCUCGUGCAAUCAUAUUUGAGACCCCUAGUUUCAUCUACUACCCAGAUAAAGCAACGUAGCACACGAAUUUUUCUCAAUUUUCCUUUCACAACGACCUUAGAAAGAAUACAUUUCAACACAACUACGUGCAGAAUUUGCCCCCCCCAUUUUGGUAACGUUAUCAUGCCAACGAAAAAGAAGCAG